AUGAGGAGAUUUUUGGUUGAGUCAGAACCAAAACCACCUCCGCCUAAUGUAGUUACUGAGUUUAACCCAAAUGAGAUUGUGCGUGAUCCAGGUCGUAGGAAACAAAUUAAUGAGUAUGCUCCGGAUAUUCAAGAUCAAGUGAGGAGGGCAUAUAUAUUGAAAGGUCCAAUGCAACCAGAAUUGCCAAGCUUUCCUCGUACUCCAUUUGGAAGUGUUAAAAGAGCAUUUAGUAAAUCAUGGUAUAAGAAUUAUACAUGGUUAGAAUAUAGUGAGAUCAAGGAUGCAGCUUAUUGUUUUUAUUGCUUUCUCUUUAAGAAACCCGGGAGGGCCGAACACUUUGGUUUUGAAGUCUUCACUAAAAGCGGAUAUAAAGAUUGA